AUGAAGUGGAGAGAGUUGAAGAGAUUGAAGAAAUGGGCCACAAUAUCUGCAAAUCGGAAAAAGCAUGUGUUAUUGGAGAAACCGGUGGCUCUUAACACGGCGGAGCUUGACAAGAUUCUUGAAGAUGAUAUGGAUUCCACGAUGUGGAUGCAUCAUCCGAGAACGAUGAAGAUGAACGAAUUUCUCUCCGAUCUAGAUCGAUUCAGCCAAAUCAAAUCGAUUCACAGUAUAUUAACUUACAAAGGCGAUUCCGAAUUUAUAAAGAACGACAUCCGAGUUCAACCUGACCUUGAUUCUCUCGGUGUACUUGGAGAUGUCGUCUGGUAUUGUAUUCGCGCGAUUCUUUGGUGUAUGAACUACGAUCUCCCGGAGAAGGUAACCGCUAUUCCAGAUCCGGAAUUCAACGAAAUAGGUGUUCUGUUAUCUUGUUCUGCUUCGUUGACUUGGGGAGAUGGGAGAUCAGCUACAUUCUACCGCUCUUUUCUUGCUAAUCAUGCGAUGGAUAUUAGGGUUUUAGGAAGUAAAGGAGAUUUACGUGUUCAUGAUUUUGUAAUACCGUUUGAGGAGAAAGGAGCAUCGUUCUAUAUAGUUUCUAAUUCGAAUUGGUCUAAUUUGUCUCUGGGAUGGGAACCGAUGCCGAGUGAGUGCAUUGUGGAGACGGAUCUUCCUCAAGAAGCUUUAAUGGCGAGGGAAUUCUCUAGGUUGGUUUCUGAUAUCAUAUUUGAGGGUUCAAAGCCGGAGAUGAAGUGGGUGAACAUUAGUAGGAAAACACAGCUUGUGAUUGAUGCGGUGAAGAUGUCGUUGGAGAGAGCGGUUUUGCGGCUAUUGAAUUGA